GUCAAAUUGUUUUGUUUAUGUGUCGUCGUUUGUGGUUUUGAUCUAUUUUCUACAGGUUUCAUGAAAAAUGUGUGAUCUUAACGACAAUCCUUUAAAGCUUACAGUUAAAUGGAAUGGCAAAGAAUACGCCAUACCGGAGUUUUCUCCUUCCGAUUCAGUGGCGAUGCUCAAGAUCGCCAUCGAAAAUGCUACUGGUGUCCGACCGGAAAGACAAAAAUUACUCAAUGUGAAAUUUCAGGGUAAAGUAGCAACAGAUAACUUCACAUUGUCAGAGUUAAAUCUAAAACCUAAUUUGAAGAUAAUGAUGAUGGGUUCACUAGAAGAAGCUAUAGAAGGUGCUAGAACGAAACCAGACGUCGGUGAUGAAGUGGUCAAUGACUUGGAUAUAGAAGAAGAAGAAGUUGAUGUCGAGAACCAAGAAAUUUAUCUAGCAAAAAUUAAUAAAAGGAUAAAGGACUAUAAAAUAAAUAUAUUGAAUGAAGCUCGCCCAGGAAAGAAAUUACUUGUUUUAGACAUAGAUUACACUCUAUUCGAUCAUAGAUCUGUCGCAGAAACGGGGUACGAGUUAAUGCGGCCAUUUCUGCACGAGUUCCUUACAUCAGCAUACGAGAACUAUGACAUUGUGAUCUGGUCGGCUACCGGGAUGAAGUGGAUUGAGGAGAAGAUGCGUCUUUUGGGGGUGUCCACACACCAAGACUACAAAAUCAUGUUCUAUCUGGAUUACUUGGCGAUGAUCACUGUGCACUCGACCAAAUAUGGAACUAUAGAUGUGAAACCACUCGGCGUGAUAUGGGCCUAUCCUAGUCCACUGCUGGACAUAGGCCUCUCCAAUUGCACGCCACUCAGAUCGAUGUUGGGCUACUCGCAUCCAGCUCCUGCCAGCCACUUUGCGCAAAUCGUCACUCCAUCGUGCCUGAGGACGUCCUACACUACGUUUGCCUAGACGCGGUCUCCACUCCAGAACUCGUCUACCCCAACGGUUAUCGGUUCUUCGGCAAAUAUGGCCAGCCCACUGCCACUUCAACUUGCUAAUCCGGUGGGCUAUGUUGAUGACUCUGGUUCUCUGUCGGAUUACCUCAUUUCUGAUGCGAUCCUUCAGAGAAAAAUAAAUAAAUAAUAUCGGCUCGGCUCCGUAUGUCAUCACAGGUAGGACGCACUGAUUGAAGACUUUCGUCUUUAGGCACUGUGGGAUCGACGAUGUCAGGACGACUUCUUCUUUAUAUUUUACCAUUUGGUCACUCCUAAUGUUUUAAUGUUCGUUUUUGGUUUUUAUUUAGUUUGAAUUCUAUUUCUACCGACGAUUUUCGUCGCAACCAUAAAUUAGGGUGCUCCAACACGGUGCAAGUAACUUGUGUAUUUUGGUGCACUUGCGGAGAUUAUAUGCAUCGUGAAAACACCUAUUCGACAGGCAAAUUAGUAGUAUACUAAUGUCAUUAUUCGAAUAACGACUACUAAUUAGUAAUAUUAAUGUCAAAUGUCGCUGCGUGCGACGCGCGCCGCCUGAUACCUUCGACUCCAGGCGAAUGAUAUUAAGCAUAGUCGACUUAGUCGAAUGAUUCAUGGAGUCGAAUGAUUAGUAUUAGUAUUAUUCGAAGUCGCGCAUCGCUAACUCGCGCUUGUUACCUGAGCCAGUUUAGACGUGCGCAUGCGCAUGCUUCGUCAUUUUACUAAUUCGUCUUCGAGUAAAUUUAAUAGUUCUGGUAAUGGCUUUUCUACGCCAUAUCGAAUGCUAGUUGAUCGGUGACAAUUCACCGAAAAUCCGAUAUAUCGAGUUGCCAUUUCAAUAAAUCGAUUUUCGAUAGAUUGCUGCGAUAUUAGAUCGAAAUUUCGACAAGUCGAGUUUACUGCUAGAAGUUUGGAUUUUCAUUAUUUCUUUAUAAAAAUAUUAUCAAUUCUGUUCAUUAUUUCUUUAAAAAAAUAAUAUUAAUCCUGGCUUCGAUAAUUGACACAUCUAUCAUGUAGCUAGGCAUUCGAUUAUUUGCAAUUUGAUCUUAUAAAAUAUCGAUCUAAUUAGUUUUUGAUCUCUUGGCGUAACCCUUGGAUAUAUUGGGGUUUCGGUGUAUUGUCACCGAUCAACUAGCAUUCGAUAUGGCGUAGGAAAACCUCUGGUUAUAAAUAUUACAUUUUUAUCAAAUGAUUUGACAAGAACUCGUUUGUCGAGACAUUUUGAUGAGAUUAAUUUUUUUUAACUCAUAAAGCUUACCGCCCUUCAUGUACCCUUCGAUCACGAGAAAAUUAAUUGCGCAAGUUGUCCGUGCCUUUACUUGCUCCAGUAAUUUGCACCAUGUACAAGAACGAGCGAGUAACUUGUGCAUAUAACUGGUGCUUAUUAGCUCCAACUACUUGCACCGUGUAGAAGCGCCCUUAUAUAAGGGGUCGCUCACAUGAUGAGGCACAAGAUAUUUAGUGACAAAACCGUACGCGAUAUUCCAAUUAUAGGUAGCGGCAAACAUGUAUAGCAAAUUAUACGUUUUUGCAUGUAAAAGGUUGUGUUAAUUAUAGGAUGGUCUCUGGGAUAAAAACUAUCUAUAUACCAAAUUACAUCUAAAUCGGUUUAGAUGUAAUUUAGGCUAAAACUGCUGACAGUUUUAGCCUAAAAAAGAAACAGAAAGACAGACAUAAAAUUACUUUAACAUUUAUACCUAAUAUUAGUAUGGAUUUAUUAAUAACAAUAUGAAACACUAGGUAUUCUUCCUGACAAUGUAAGAUAAGCAUUACAAUGCAUUGGCACUUUUUUUUGUGUUGCCUUAAUCAACUGGUAUAAUAGUUGAGGUUUUCCUCCCCUGAUAUAAAGUUAUUCGGGCACCCGAAGCAAUAUUUACACUGAAAUACGGGCUGGAAGACGGUGUACAGUAAAGUCGUUUAUCCGAACUCCAUUGGCACUCGUAUUCAGGAUAGCGACCAAGUGUAGUCGCGCCAUUACAUUAUCAAAAAAUAAUUGACCCUUAUUUUUCUUUUGUCAAUCAACCAAAAAAUAACACAGAUAAAGCGCGUCAAAGUUUGAGAGUGGGGGCUCGUGACGUCACUUCUAAGUUAAAUUGUACCAAGACGUGGCGUCAUGCGACAUUUCAAAUUUAUAUUAUAUCUCUGUUGAGGUUUGAUUAUGUGAAAAAUACUGAUAAUCUUAUUAGAUUAUCAGUAUUUUUCACACUGUAUUCAGUGGGACAACAUUUUGACAAGUAGGAAGAAAAUUAAGUUAUUAUCACUUUUCAAAUACUUAUAGGUACAAUUGUAUCCAUUUUUUUGUAUCCAUACUACUCGAAGAAGUCAAUUAACUUUUAAGUUUGUAGUCGAUGCUACCUGUCACUUUAUUUGCGAUAAAAAUUAAUAAUACAAAAUUAAAAAAAAUGUCGAAUACAACAUUACUUUAUUAAAAUUUAUAAUACGACUCUUUUGAAUCGUAGAUUUUUUACGUACCACCCGUUAAAGACUUUUUUUUAUUAGCUGUGGAAAGAGGGACAGAACGGCACAAGAAAUAAAUUAAUUUGACUUUUGGCUGUAAGAGACUCAAUUAGGAAAUAAUAUGGGAUUAAUAUGAAAUUACUAUAUUUUAAAGAUAGUUCUAAUCUGAUGAUGAUAACUACAGAACACACAGAGAGGUUAGAAGGUUCUUGUGGGCGGGGCAGGCGUGCCACAGUAAUGUGUGAGAAAAUGCUCAUAACGACCAAUACUUGGUUCUGAUUGCAGCGUUGUUCUCGGAUGUGAGCGGUGAUUGGUUCGAUUGUUUAAUGUCGCGUCGUUUGAUUGGCUAUUAUCUAAUGGAAGUGUAGUGGGGACGAGCCGGCGACAUCGCUCACCGUACAAACGGUCUAUGAACACCCUUCGAACCUCUUUGUGUUCUGUGAUGAUAGCGGUCAUCAUUAUGAUAAGCAGGAGAUUACAUCCGAGGAACAUUUAGAUAAUUGCCAGACGAAAAAUUCGGAAAUGGUACUUAGUUAAUGAGGCAAAGUAGUGGUAUAGUAUUUUUAAGGAAUAUUGUAUGCUAGCGUGGAUUUGCUGUAAAAGAGAAUAUACAUACAUAUUUAUUUUUCUAUUUUAUGCCGGCAUUUCACUUGCCUAGUCGUAUUUGUAAUUUUGUAAACUUGACAACAGUAUUUCCUUUUCACCACAAUUAUUGUCAUUUUGGUCAUAAUUAAGUUCCACUGAGUUAAAAGUAAGUUUCUAGGUUCUCCUGUGUUACUUAUCUUAUAUCCUUAAUACAGGAGCCUGGUAUUCCGUAAUGCAGGUCUUACCUAGCAUGGAUGCCAGUCUAUGUCGACUGUAUAUAGCAUUGUGUGUAGGAAACAAAAUAUUUUUAUAAUAAUAAUAAUUAUCACACUAAUAUUAUAAAAGCGAAAGUUUGUGAGUGUGUAUGUUUGUUACUUCUUCACGUCUAAACGGCUAGAGCAAUUUUAUUAAAAUUUGGUAUGGAGUUAGCUAACACCCUGGAUUAACAAAUAGGCUACGUUUUAUUGCGGGAAAAUAUCCCUUAUAAACCGCCGGUAACACAGCGGAGCACAGCUAGUUUUAUAUAUAUUUUUACUCCCUAUAGAGGUAUGAUAAGGACAACCUGCUGUUAAAAUGACAAAUAGCAAAUCAAAUACGAAUAGCCAUGUGAAGUGUUGGGAUAAGAGCUUUGCUGACUACUACGGAUAAAUCAUAUGUUAUAAAUUAUCAGAAGAAUUACUACUUUAUAGUAAUAUAAGUUAUUUACGGGAUUGUUACCAUGUACAUUGUUUUGAGCGAGAGAGAAUGUAACCAGUGGUACGGGUAUCGAACGCAAUAAAAGUCUUCGUCGGAGGGUAGACCGAUAUGUCUGCCAAUAACAGCCUACCUGCAAUUAAUUCAGUUACUCCGUGAUCAUGGCGCUUGCAACAGUGCCGAAAUAUCAGAAACUCGCUAAAAACAAGGUACAUGAUAACAAUCCCGUAAAUAACUUAUAUUACUAUACUGUUAGUGACCAUGAUAGUUUAAAACAAUAUAGAAUUACUACUUGUAAGUGAAAAUGGCCCAGUUGGCUUGGUACUACUUUCUUGGUACAUUUUAACGACUCCAGUUACUACAGUAUGUAUAGAAAAUGUCAGUCCGAAUAGAAAUGCCUUAUGAAAGACUGCAAUUAUAAGAAGACUUGAAAAGGCUUUAUGACACAUUUCAGGUGGAAGGGCGAAUGUCGCCUUUAAAAUAAGAGUAUUUGUAUGUGUUUGUGUAACUUUAGUACAGCUUAAGAGUUGUCGCAAAAAAAAGCGACAAAUCUCAUUAUUUUGCAGCAUUUAUUUUUAAUAUAAAUAUUAAAUUACUUUCUUCCAUUUUGUAUAGAACGGUGAAUUGUGAAAUUGUUACUCUAGAUUCUAGAUGUUUAAUAAGUAAUAAAUAAUUAUAAUUAUUAUUACAGAUUAUUGUCACGAUCUGAUUGAUUUCGGAUAAUUGUAUUGUACAAUAUUCAUUGUAUUAUGUCUACACUCAGUGUUAUUUCAAAUAAAUAACUUAUCACUAAUAUCAAAACAUCUUUUAUUUAGUUUAUAUUCAAAUCUUCCCAACAUAUUUUAAUGUUAUGCCCCUUUUUCUUUAACAUCGUGUUCGUGGAUAAAGUCUUCUGGUUCAUAAUUAAGGUUGAGUUGUCUUGACCUGAUGAUCUCCUUGUAGAUAUGCGCGGACUUCCUUGGCCUCCUGGUGAGCUCUGGGCUGGAGAAGUCCACUUCAUACAGCCCAAACUUUUCC